UCUUAGGAAGGCCAAAGGUAAGUUAUCUCAAUAAAGUUUUGGUUGAAUCACCGUCCACAUUCAAUUAGCAUAAAUGUCAUGUAGCUAUAUUUCACAUAUUGGCUAAUGCUAAGCUUUCAAUUCCUGUUACUUUCACUCCUUACUUAAACGGCUUAAUAAACUUAAGACAAAAACGUAAUUAAGUUGUCUGAAAUGCGGCAACACACAUUUCUGGGGUGGAAAUGACAGAAAUUGAAGUUUAUUUUGAGCGUGUAAUAGCAAGCAAAUUAAAAAUCAUCACGGUCAGCUUACAGUAUGAUACUGUUGUUCAACAAUAAUAAACAUACUAUUACAUCAAUACCUCUCUGACCAAAAGUAUUACCUGAUGUUUUAGCACGGAUUCAGUACAUGGUACGUAAUGUGUAAGUGAAUAAUAAAGUAGCAAUGAAAUGACUCGAUUUAUGGUCCCAACGUCAAUAGAGAUAAUAGCUAUAAUAGCUAUUCCAAGGUAAACGCCGCCAUCUGGUGGCUGAACGGCAAACUGCACCUCAUAAACCGACAACCACAGUUCUAUCCCUUAGCCGCAUGACUUUAAAUGUGUGUCAUAUACAUUUUUGUGUUAGACUUGAACAAAGCAGGCCUUUAAGUGAACAUCUGGGAGUGGUUGCCAUGUCACAGUCACAUGACUAUCCCGGAAUACGGCUUCCCCAAAAUGGCAGCAUGUUAGAGCAACAGCAGGGGGCGCUGUGGUUGCCGUCAUCACGUGUAGAAGAAGAAGAAGAAGAAGAAGACAUCCCUCAGCCUUUUUCUCUGCCUCCCCCAGGACGGGAAGCACCACACCCUGUCAGCGAAUCAGAGCAGGGCCCGCCCUCUCCAUCACAUCAUCUUCAGUUUCCACGGUAACAGCCCCCCCCCCAGCUCUCCUCCCUCCCUCGUCCCUCCCGCUCUCUUUCCCUCUGCUUGUGUUUCCUCUGUGAAAGGUGCCGCAUCAUCGCCGUCGCCCCUUGCUUAGCUUAGCAGCGUGCUAGUUUUUAGCGUUAGCAUCCUUGCUGCAGUGGGAGAGUCCCGACGUGCGAGGCGCCACCCUCCUCCCAGCACCGCGUCCGUCUCCGUCCUUCUCCAUUCUUCUCUGUCCUCCAGCAUCCGGCUGACUGCGGAGGACGAUGCGGGCGGCGCGCUGAGGAAGACGAUAUGCGGCGCUUUGUGUGGUCACAUGACAUUGUUGUGAUGAUGUCAUUGGUCCUCAAGCGGACCGGCAGUAUGGUCUCCUCCACGUGCUGACAUGAACUAAACCACAGCCGUUCCAUCAAGCCCCGCCCAUUACAACUGUGACCAAAGGGGGCGCUGUUUGUCCAUGUGAUCCACAGCACACGAGGACUCCGCCCAAUCAUCUAUUCCUCACCAUGAGCGUCUUGACCCUCUCACCUGUGGCCCCUGAGCCGCCCUCCCCCAUGGUGACCUCCAUCACCCCCACCCUGGACACCGACACCCCCACAGCCACGCCCACUGUUGUCGACCAGGAUGGGGGGUCCUCGUCAGGACCCAUCCCAGGCAGGGUGGCUGCAGGGCGGGGUCAGAGUGACUCUUCCCAAAGGUCCAAGAAGCCGCCGCCCCUGCACACGGUCGCCGACUGGAAGGUCGUCCUUCACCUUCCCGAAAUCGAGAAGUGGCUUCGAGCGACCGCCGCCAGGGUGACGCAGCUGUCGCACUCCGUGGGACAAGAUGGCGGCAGUAGACACGUGGAUGCACACCUGGUGCAGCUCAAGGACAUCUGUGAGGACAUCUCGGACCAUGUGGAGCAGAUCCACGCUCUGUUGGAGACGGAGUUCUCCCUCAAGCUUCUGUCCUACUCGGUCAACAUCAUAGUUGACAUCAGGACGGUCCAGCUUCUGUGGCACCAGCUGAGGGUCUCUGUUCUGGUUUUGAAGGAGCGUCUUCUGCAGGGCCUGCAGGACCCUAACGGAAACUUCACCAGACAGACUGACAUUCUGCAGGCCUUCAGCCAGGACCAGCACCAGACCCGCCGUCUGGACGCCCUGACGGAAGUGGACGACUGCGGUCAGCUGACAAUCCGCUGCAGUCAGGACUACUUCUCUCUGGACUGCGGCAUCACGGCCUUUGAGCUGAGCGACUACAGUCCGGGGGAGGAGCCUGGGGCCCGAGACCCCUCCCUAAAUCGAGUCCAGGAUGUGGACCAAAAAUCAGACGUAGAGGAGAUCGAAGAACCAGAAGUACCAAAAGAGAACCUGGAAAACAGUUUAGCUGAACUUGUGACAUGUGAUGGCUCGCCAAGCCACACCCCCCCGACCUCAGUAGGAACCCACCAGAGCCAGACGGCGAGGCGGUCUCUACCGGGUCACAACCACAACGCUGGUGGCGCCCUGGUCUCGGACCAGGUGGUGAGAAGUCCCAGUCCGGUCUCUGAGCUUCAGAGUCGCAGCACCCCUGCUCUCAUGGAUCCUCCAGACCGCUCCAAGUUCUGGUUGGAGCUGGACUCAGUUUGUCCAGAAGAUAGUUCUCAGCAGGACAUGAAUGUUCCCAGCGUCCAGGGACCCCUGAGGGACCACAGGAGUUCUUUCGGAGGAGACGUGGCCCCGCCCUCACAUGAAGUGGUGUCUCUGAUAGCGAGGACACGAGCUGAGACGUGUGGAUGCAGCGAGGCUGAGUCUGACUCCCCGUUACCAUCCCCGAUGAGGGAGCAGGUCCUGUCUUCAGACCUGGAGGCAAGUGGAGAGGAGUCGGACCCCAGACCUCCUGGCAAGAUGGCGGUCUGGACGGUGAAGCCCAAAGGACACCAGCAGGAGGUCCACGUUUCAUCAGAAACCAGUCCGGACCGGGAGCACUGGUACGGCUCAGAGGAGUUCCUGGCGCUUCCUGCUCAGCUCCACAAGAGCGACAUGCUGGCCAUCAACCUGGAGAACCUGGCCCGCACGUUGAAGCCCGUCGGUGAGGAAGUUUCCCAUGAUGCUUUGCAGGAUGUGGACGACUGGGAUCUGACUGAGCUCAACCCGGACUGGGACUCUCCCGAGAGUGGAGAUGAAGUUCCUUCUCCGUUACUUCGUCCAAACAGGCGGAACCUGCUGGGCCGCUUUAGCCCCGCCUCCUCCAGCGAUAUGGCUCCCUCAGUGGAUGACAGCAUCGAGUCCGGCCCGCUGAGCGAGCUGCAGUUUGAGGAGGAAGACGGCCUGCGGCCCGCGUCGACCCCUUCGGACCGACGUGGUGGCGCAUCGCUGGUGCGGAAGCUGCUGGACGACAUUCAACAGGACAGAAACCCAGAUGUUUGGAAGAAGAUGGAGAAGGUGGUGCAGCAGCUGGACAGCUUCAUCUCCUGGCUGCAGGAGGCGCUGGAGAGCGUGGAGAACUGGACUCAGCCCAGGGCCGACCUGGACAGCCUGAGAGUCUACCUGGACACACACCUGACGUUCAAACUCAACGUGGACAGUCACGGCGCUCUCAAAGAGAACAUCAUGGAGGUUGGCGGAGCGCUCCUCGCCACCGUUCCUGCCCAGCAAUCAGGACUCGGGGAGAUCUUGCACAUGGUGUCCGGCCAAUGGGAUCAGCUCCAGCUCCAGAUCCGCCGCCAACACGGCUGGAUGCUCAACGCUCUCCGCUGCAUCCAGACCCGCCUCUUCGACCCCAACCAAUCAAAAGAGCCCUCGGGGGAGCUGCUAGCCAAUCAGCAGGCUCUAUUUCCAGCAGACCACCUCCAGGCCGAGCUGAUGUCCAACCACCGCUACGUCCAGAAGGUGGCGCUGGAGCAGAUGGCGGCCAAACUGAGCAGCCUGCACUACACCGUUCCCUCCGGCAAGAGACGCUACGUCCAGUUGGUGCGCAGCAGCAGCGUUCAAGACUUCGAGACGGAAUACCAGGAGCUCUGGGAUUGGCUGAUGGACUUGGACGCCAUGGUGACGGACAGUCACCAGCUGAUGAUGUCAGAUGAGCAGAGAGAGCACCUCUUCAAGAGCAGCCACGCUGAGCUGAUGGCGAUGGAGAACAGGAAGACCAGCCUGCUGGGCCGAGCGGAGUCUCUGAAGAGGAGCGGGACGGAACUGCCCUCAAACUUCCACCAUCAGAUCCACAACCUGACACACACAUGGACACAGCUGGAGAACAUCCUGGCUGGCCACUCAGGGUCCACGCAGAUCAUCAGCUGCUCCCCCGCCAAGGUGCGCCCCCGGCCGGCGUCAGCAGAGACCCUUCUCUCGCCGCUCAGCACCGCCAUGUUGGAGCAGCUGCAGGCCCGCAUCAAGGAGCUGAAGGCGUGGCUACGACACACCGAGAUCCUCAUUUUCAACUCCUGCCUCCGCCGGGACAGCGAAGCCUCAGCCCAGCUGGCCAGCUUCAAGUCUUUGUGUUCCGACGUGCGAGCCCGACGAAGAGGAGUCUCUUCGGUCCUCAAACUUUGUCAGAAGCUUCUCCAGCAGAACCAGUCGGGCCCUGUGGCGGAGGCGGAGGCGGGCCCGGAAGCGGAGCAGCACCGUGAGGCUCUGCAGCUGCUGUCAAUCAACCUGGAGAGGAGGUGGGAGGCCAUCGUCAUGCAGGCGCUGCAGUGGCAGAACCGACUGAAGAAGGAGCUGGGAGAAGAGCAGGUCCCCGGGAACUUCCUGGAAGCGGGGCUUGUGGACAUCCACCAGCCCAGCCCGGUCCAGGCCCCCCUGGUGGCAGCGGCCCCGGACGACUCGUGGGAAUGGGAUGAGACCGACAUGACAAUCACAGAAUCCCAAGCAGUACCAGAACCCGACCUCACGCACAACCUUCCCGCUUCAGAUGGCAUCCCGACAAGCCAGAAUCCUGAGGUCCCACCCCAAGUGUUCCCCCCUGAGAAAGAACCCAUCUACCAGGUCUACAGCCUCCACACUGUCCAGUUUCACAGUCCUCAGAGUCCUCAGGCUUUCUCCAAGGCGGCAAAGAGGAAGCAGCAUAUUUUCCAGAAGAGUCUCAGCAAGGACUCCACUUUCUCCUCCAUGGAGUCUCUCCCGGACCUCCUGGGCGGGCUGAUGCCAGGCGAGCGAGGAGGGGAGAGGCCUUGGUGCUCUCAGAGGGAGGGGGGCAGGGCCAGCGGCCAGUCAUCUAGCAGUCGUCCAUCGGAGAGCGAAAGCGGGAUUGUUAGCGAUGGAGGGGACACCGAGACCCUGACCGCCAACUGUGGCAUCCUGGGAGAUGAGGAGGAAGAAGAUGUUACUCUGACGCUGCACGAAGACGACCGACGGAUCGGAGGCAGAAUCCAAGGAAAAACCGAAGAUGCCGGGGAUUCCGUCCACAAGGCUGGAGGACGGGAAGCAGCUGAGAUCCUGGUGAACGGAGGACCACCGGACUCGGACCGCCAUGCAGCCAAGCCUCUCCUGAGCUGCGGUGGUUCGGAUACGCCCCCUGCUCUCCAACACCAGACUUCUAGUCCCGUCUUAUCUCAGGGUUCCUCCCUGGAUUCCCUCCUGGCUCUGGGCUUGGAACUGUUCCCGUCCAAAGAAGUACUUCACCGCAGCGCCUCUCUGGAGAGCGGCCUCGCUCCAUGUCACAGUGCGGACGCCGACACCUGCGCCAGUCUCGCCAGCCUUGUGGAGCUGGACCUAGACCAAAUGAGGGAUGAUGACCAUGGUGGUCUGGAAGACCACAGGAUCGGUGAAGGAGCUCAAGGAGAGCUGAGCAGGAGAACACUUGACCUCCUGAAGCGUCUGGAGAACAUUGAGAGUCCUCUGAUAGCCAAGAUGACUCGUAGUGUGUCGGACAUGACGCUUCGGAGAAGCUCUCCUCUCCGUCGUCAACUCGCAGCUUCUCCUUCUCUCGGAGGCCGACAUGCGGCACUCCCACGGAGGUCACGCAAGGCACCGCCGUCCCUCAUCAACGAGAGCUCGGCUUCGCUAACGGAGUUGAGCAGCGCUGAAGACUCCUCUCUGGCUUCUGAGGACUUAACCGUGCUCCCCAAUCAGAGGAACCUCCUUCAGGAUCAGUCCUUGGUGGCGAGCAGCAAGCACAACUUCUACAGGAGGUGCUGCAAGAGGAGCAGCCAGAGAGAGGAGGCGGACGCCCUGAGCUUGAGCAUGGUGGUCAACGUGUCUUGCACCUCCACUUGCACUGACGAUGAGGACGACAGUGACCUCCUGUCCUCCUCCACCCUCACCCUCACAGAGGAGGAGCUGGGCGUGCGGGAUGGAGACGAGGAGGAGGAAGAGGAGAGGCUGACACCUGCCUCAUCUGGGAACGAGGAGGACGAAGAUGAAGACACAAUGGAUGACUCCUACAUGGAGUACAUGAAGAAGGAGCUGCAGGGUUGGAUCCGACCUCCUCGUACCUCUUCUUUGUCCUCCUCAAAGACCGAGGAGGGGCUUCAGGAUGAACUUCAGUGUGGGAGUAACCUCACCUCCUCAGAGCAACGUCGGCUCCUAAACUCUAGCCACCAAAAGGCAGAAGAGAGGGAGCAGCAGGAGGUGCAGGAGAACCUCAGGAACGUUCCAAGGAGCUUCAUCAGUCACUUGGUGGAUGACCUGGAAAACGGAAAUAUCGAGCACACCUCUUUGAGUGGCAAAGACCAGGAUGACCAGCUCCUCCGAGAGGAGACCAGUGUCUUCACCAAGAAAGGAGAACCUCUCAGGGAGACGUACACUUUCUCCAACAUCUUCAUCCCCACAGAGUCAACCAACCAACUUCCUUCAUCUCCGUCCUGUGAGCUCCUCACACCUGCCUCCUCAUUGGUGGGACAGCUAAAGGGGGAGUUACCCUGCCAGAGCUCCGCCUCGCCCCCAUCGCCACGCCUGGACCGCCAAUCACAUGACGGCAGACCAGGCGUACGGAAGGCCAUCAACAUCCAGGAGAAGUUCAAGUUCUCCUCUCUGGUGAUGGAAAAGAGCAGCAGCGGGGUCCGAGACAAAGAUUCCUGCCUCCCAAGCAAAAAAUGGAAAAGUUCCUACUCUUCUUGCUGCCAACACCUCAACUCGCACUCACCCGACUCGCCCGACUCACCCGACUCACCCGACUCGCCCGACUCACCCCAGCAAGGCAGCAAGGAGGCCGUGCACGACUUUGUCAUGGAGAUCCUGGAAAUGGCCAGGAGGGGCAACGACAUUCCAGACGGGAAGUCUGACCUUGACUGCCGACCUUCGUCUUUAGCCCAGAUAAGAGACAAGGUUCUCCAGCAUUCCCACCAGCCUCUGCAGCUGCGUAAGGGAGACUUCUACUCCUACUUGGCGCUCUCCUCGCACGACAGCGACUGCGGCGAGGUCACUCAGUGCGCCGAGGACAAGAGCGCCACCCCAGCGCCCUACGCCAUCCCAGCGUACGCCACGCCCACGCAAGGCCUCAGCAGCCCAGAACCAGACGCCGGCCCCAGCCGGGGAGCUUCUCGGACGUCCUCAACUCGCCGUGACGACAACCAGCUCUGCGCUCUUGACUUGGAGUCACAUGAUCAUCUUGCCACAAGCCCCUCCCCCUCUUUUCCCCAAAGCCCAGACAUCCGGGAUGAGGAGACCCUGUUUCCAGCCUGCACGGAGGAGGUUUACCUGGGCCCGCCCCUCUGCUACAGCAUGCCCCCCACCAAAAAGGCACCAAAGGCCCCCCUCCCGACACGCCACGGAGGGUCCCAUCCAGAGGAGGUGAUCCCUCCUGUCCCGGAGCCCCUAUACAGCUCCUUCUCCAUCAGCACCUCCGCUAGGAGGAGGCCCGCCGAGACUUCCUGUUCUGGUUCUGGUGAGCACCCACACCUCCUCUGUGAUGUCGCCGGCGGUGUGGGAGCACGGCGGGGGGAGACGAGUCCUAAUGAGGCUCCUUCUUAUCUUCAUCCCCUGAUAGACUCGCCCUCGGCAGCACGCACUAAAGCGCUUGAAUCCAAUAUUGGCGUCGUAAUGACCAAGAUAAGUGUCGGCGGAGCCGCUACAAAUCCCUCAAAAGAGCCGGCCGCUGCCGCUGCGCGUAUUAAUCCCAAAAUGAACUGCUGGCCGAUGAAAGAGGCUGAUAGAGCGGCGGGGGGGAGGCGAGGAGAGGCGGACGCUCGCAGCUUCAAGCAGCCGGGGGCGACGGCGAAAGGGCGGCGAGGCUCGCGACAGGAAGCCAAGAUGACGACCACGACAGCGGCCAAGCAGGUCAGCGCUGUCAAUCACAACACCAGGGACUCCCAGGGGCGGAGCCAAAUCCCCAUCAGGCCGCCCGCCUCCAGGAUGAGGCCAAUUAGAAGUGGACCUGCAGGAGGCGGAGCUAUCCGAGUCCAGCCGUGAGGAGACGCCACCGACGGACAGAGCAUCCUCCACUUCCACAAACUUGCAAACAUCUAUAUGACACACACACACACACACACACACAAGUGGUGUUAAAGAAGAACGUUGGAAGAGAAGAAGAAGCGGAGAAAGUGUACGGACUGAAAGGUGACCAUGUGACAUGGCGAGGCAUAAAGGAUGAUGGGAAAGUGUAACGUAGAAGGAAACAGGAGAUGAAAACCAUGUUUUAUCUAUGCAACACGACCAAAGCAGCCAUGUUGCGUGCCAGCGUGCGUGUUUGUGUUUGACGUGAACGUGAACGUGAGUUUGGAGUCUUGAGCGUGUAUUUGUGCCUUGCCGUAUAAGCCGCCAUCUUUUUAAGACGACGAUGAAGCGCUGAUGUAAGGUUGAAGUGAGCUUGUGUACAUUUGUAAAGCCGGAAUGUUUCGUGUGUGUUUGUGUAGCUCCGCGUGUCGUGUCCUCGUUAGCAUUAGCGUUACAAGUGGCCUGCAUGAUUCCUGCUAACGGCUAGCUGACAAAGUUCAUUCAUUGCAAGGCUCGUUUGUUCUUUUAUGUACCACUCGUUCACAGGACGUCAAAGAUGUCUGUUUGCUAAAUUAGCAAAACACGCGUCCGACGGCGGCCCUGUUAUUCCUCUUGUACCUCCUCAUCCUGGGAGAGGCAUGCUAAGCUAGGCUAAUAUUCAAUACAAAUAAAGAAUCAUUAGCAUCGAUUGUUAUUUGUCUUUCUUGUGUCACCUGAUUGUAGAAUAAACAUGCUGGGCGUUAUGCUACGUUAUUAGUCUAGCUAGCGAGCUGCUAACAGGGUCGUUACACACAAUUGCUACUUUUUGCUCGU